CAACUGAAGACUUCAAAGGCAAAUAAAUACUAGACAAAUUAUCUCUAGUUUUUUUGGUCUAUACUUGUCUUAACCAGAAUCCUUCACUCACAUCCACAUAGCCUUUCCGAUCUAAAGUAGCGAAGAUGAUGAACGAUACAGAUGUAUCGAAGCAGAUCCAACAGAUGGUCAGAUUCAUCCGUCAGGAAGCCGAAGAAAAAGCUAAUGAGAUUUCCGUCUCCGCUGAAGAAGAAUUCAACAUUGAGAAGUUGCAGCUAGUGGAAGCGGAGAAGAAGAAGAUCAGACAGGAAUACGAGCGUAAGGAGAAACAAGUCGAUGUUCGCAAGAAAAUUGAGUACUCCAUGCAACUCAAUGCCUCUAGAAUCAAGGUUCUUCAAGCUCAGGACGACUUGGUCAAUUGCAUGAAGGAGGAAGCAUCAAAGGAGCUUUUGAACGUCAGCCAAUCCCACAACCACCAUACCUAUAAGAAGCUUCUGCAAGAUCUUACUGUUCAGUGUUUGCUCAGACUUAAAGAGCCUUCUCUCCUACUACGUUGUCGGGAAGAUGAUGUUCCCUUAGUAGAAAAGGUCUUGGAUACAGCAAAGGAGGAGUAUGCAGAGAAGGCUCAAGUUCACGCACCUGAGGUCAUAAUUGACCAGAUCUACCUUCCAUCGACUCCAUCGGAGGACAAUGCUCAUGCCUCUUCUUGCUAUGGAGGAGUAGUUUUGGCUUCUCGAGAUGGGAAAAUUGUAUGUGAAAAUACACUUGAUGCCAGAUUGGAAGUUGUGUUCCGUAAGAAGCUACCAGAGAUUCGCAAGUGCCUAUUCGGUCAAGUUGCUGUCUAAUGCAUUGGAAGCAUUGGAGUAUCUAUAGCCUUUUGCUCGUGACUCUGGGGAUCCUGAAAAUGGCGCCUGAGCGGAUAAGUUAUUAUGGCUUUGCUCGUGUAUUAUUGCCCUUUUACUCUGCCAUGUUGUGCUUGUAUUAUUAGAACACUGUAACAGACUGGUGUUAAAGGGAUAUUUCCUCAACAUUUUUAGCAUUAAGUCUAUGCAUUAUAUUUUUGUGUUAAUGUUCAACAAUAAGUGUAAGUUGCUGGAACCCUGAGUUUGCUGGGUCGAGACAAUAAAAUUAUUCGGAGUUGAUGGCUC